AUGGAAACAGCGACAACCUACCCGGCCUCGACCUCCACCGUCACGCCGCUCGUCGAGAGACCCGAGAGAGUGAGGAGGCUCCCCAAGGCUUUCGAUGGCUUCCGGAGUAGCGCGACCAACAACUUCAUCCCGCCCGUCAUCCCUGGCCAGUAUGGAAUCGGAGGCACGUUUGACGCAAAGCAGGCCGCCUUCAACACGGCAAACACUCCGCUGGUCAAGAAACUGAAGGGCCGUCAUCUCCAAAUGAUAGCCAUCGGGGGGUCAAUAGGUACUGGCUUGUUCAUUGGCUCAGGACAGGCUCUGGCAACUGGAGGCCCAGCGUCGCUCUUGAUUGCCUUCAUCAUCAUAGGAGCGGUCCUGUACUGCACAGUUCAAGCUCUGGGCGAGAUGGCCGUGACGUUUCCGGUUGCUGGCUCCUUUUCCGCCUUUGCUACUCGCUUCCUCGACCCUGCCUGGGGGUUCGCCAGCGGGUGGAAUUAUGCUUUACAGUGGUUGGUUGUGAUGCCGUUGGAAAUCAUGGCCGCGACCAUCACCCUGGACUACUGGAACUCGCCCAUUCCGGGCUGGGCCAGUAUUACCAUCUUCUUGACCAUCAUCAUCGCAAUCAAUCUCUGCGGUGUCAAGACAUAUGGUGAAGCCGAGUAUGCGUUUUCUAUCUUGAAAGUCACGGCAGUCAUUGGCUUUAUUAUCCUGGGCGUCGUGAUCAACUGUGGAGGAGAUCCGGACACUGGUUAUAUCGGGGGUCGAAACUGGGUAAAGCCCGGUGCCUUCAACAAUGGCUUCCGGGGGUUCUGCAACAUUCUCGUCACCGCCGCAUUUGCCUUUUCCGGAACAGAACUGGUAGGGCUCGCCGCCGCCGAGACGCAUAACCCGAGCAAAGCUCUCCCCACUGCCAUCAAGCAGGUCUUUUGGCGCAUUGCUAUUUUCUAUAUCAUCUCGAUGUUGAUCAUCGGCCUCAUCGUCCCUUAUGAUAAUCCUGACCUGCUCAGCGUCAACGACGUCGCUUCUAAAACCUCCCCAUUCAUCAUCGCGAUCAAGGAUGCCGGCAUCCAGGGUCUGGAUUCAGUCAUGAACGCCGUGAUCAUGGUCGCCGUCCUCUCCGUCGCCAACUCGUCCAUGUUCGGCGCGACGCGCACCCUCGCCGCGCUGGCCGAGCAAGGCCAAGCCCCCAAGAUCCUAGGCUACGUAGACCGCAAGGGCCGACCCCUAGUCAGCAUCGGCGUCGCGUCCGCCAUGGGCCUGCUCUCCUACCUCUACCUCUCUCCCGUCCAAGGGCCCGCCUUCACCUGGCUCCUGGCCCUCUCCGCGCUCUCCAGCAUCUUCACCUGGUGCUCCAUCUGCUACGCGCACAUCCGAUUCCGCAAAGCCUGGCUCCAGCAAGGCAACCGCCUCAGCGACCUCGUCUACCAGUCCCCCGUCGGCGCCAUCGGGUCCUGGAUCGGCCUCAUCAGCCUGCUCCUCAUCCUCGCCGCUCAAUUCUGGGUCGCCAUCGACCCCGUCGGCGGCAGCAACUCCUCCCCCUCCCAGAUCGCCUCCAACUUCUUCGAAGCCUACCUCGCGCUCCCGGUCGUUCUAGCCUUCUACGCUUUCUAUAAGAUCUUCUACCGCACCCCCUUCGUGCGGAUCCAGGAUAUCGAUUUGAUCACCGGCAGGCACGAGUUCGAAUCUAUGCUCUGGAGGGAUCGCAUGCGCCAGGAUCGCUCGACGUGGCCGCGCUGGAAACGGAUUUAUAAAACUUUGUGUUAG